CUGAUAAACAAUUCAGAGAAUAAGACGGAAGUGUUUCUCGGUUCGUAGGCCUGAAAUGCAGUGCGAGCUGUUUUGAAAUACCAGCUGGCAGAGGCCCUAAUAUGUCUAUUAAUUGCUUUUGAUGAACAGACGUGUCUCUUAGCGCCCCCUUUUGGUUGUUUCUGCUGAUCCCCUAACUGACAGUCAACAGCACCAAAGCAAUUUACCUCCAUUAUGGACCCCUGAAUGAAGAAGACUGAAAAUGCGCUUCUUUUUAAAGACAAAUUUAAAGGGGUGAGUAUUUGACUCUGAACCCGAAAGACUGGAGAUGCACUGCAGUAAACAGACUACUGAAGAAAGAGAGAGAGAGAAAAAGCACAUUCUGAAAAUGACAGAGUUUGCUAUUUUAUAAAGAAAAUCCCUUCGAAAAGGUACGGUUAUUAAAGAUAAAGAAUAGUUUUAAAGGCUUAUAGUUGCAAUCUAGCGAAGAGGUGAGCAGAUGAAUCUGUAUGUGUCCCAAGAGAAUUGAUGCUCAGUGAAGAUCUAUUAAACCACAAUCCGUCAAGCCUCUGUUUUGCAGCGAUAACGCAAGUCCUGUCUACAUAGUGCUGACUGAUAAGAGGUGGUGCUUUCAAAAUAAAUGCUCUUUCGUGAAUUAGUCGCGCUAAAUCGGUUUAUGGUUGUGUUUCAUUAGAUACAGACGAAUAAGAAUAUAAAUAUAAUUUUCCGAAAAUAAAUAGCCAAGAUGUCUACCUUUAAAAUGACCAUUUGUUUUGCGGAGUAAAAGAGAGAGAGAGAGAAAAAAAUCCAGUUUGAAAAAACAAAAUAUUACGUCAUUUGUAAUAGGUUCAUUUGGCAUGCCGUGGUCUGAGAAGCACCGCUCGAAUGAUCCCAUAUCAGCUGAGGAAGAAGAGGAUGAGGACAGCGAGGAAGACGAAAUGAAAUAAUCUGCAGUGGCGUUCAUAUGCGUCUGCUGUCUCGAUGCAGAGUUUUUAUGUGUCUUGACGUUAUGCUAUAAUUCCUCUUUAGUAAAUGCAGUGUGAUGAGAUCAUAAAUUCUGCACUCAGCAUCUAUAAACCGCGGCGUCGGAUCAGCAUCAGCAGCGCGUCCCCGGCGCUCGCUCGUGUCCGGGUCUCUGUGGUGGUCAGGGUUCAUUGGGCAUUCACAGUCCGUCUGAUGUCAUGAGUGGUGACCUCCCCCAGAUAACCUGUCUCAUAAAUACACGCGAGUCGAGCACUGCUCCGGAGAGAAGUUUCAACACAUUUCGUCUGUGUUCAGUUAUUUGCUGCGAUGUUUGGAAACGGAAGCCGCUCAUUUCAUUUUCCGUCUCUGUGUAAUAAUAUAGGGUUUUUGCAGAAGAACAAUAAUGUUGACGACAAGAGCCGAAUUGUCAGGUUUUUUAACGACCAGCAGCCCAGGAGCAUUUUAACACGGGACAACGAGCGAGACCCUCGCUUCAGACGCACAGAGACAGACUUCUCCAAUCUGUAUGCGAGAGAUCUGCUUCCUGCUAAAAAUGGUGAGGAGUAUACGAUGCAGUUCCUGUUGGAGGUGGUGGACAUACUCACUAACUAUGUGCGCAAGACCUUCGACAGAUCCACAAAAGUGCUGGACUUCCAUCAUCCGCACCAGCUGCUGGAGGGAAUGGAGGGCUUCAGCUUAGAGCUGUGUGAUCAGCCGGAGAGUCUGGAGCAGAUCCUGGUGGACUGCAGGGACACGCUCAAAUACGGCGUCCGCACAGGUCACCCAAGGUUUUUUAACCAGCUGUCUUCAGGUCUAGACAUCAUUGGUUUAGCUGGAGAGUGGCUGACCUCUACCGCCAACACUAACAUGUUCACAUAUGAGAUUGCACCCGUGUUUGUACUGAUGGAACAGCUCACCCUGAAGAAAAUGCGAGAGAUCAUUGGCUGGCCAAAUGGAGAGGGCGAUGGCAUUUUCUCACCAGGAGGAGCGAUCUCAAACAUGUACAGCGUGAUGGUGGCACGGUACAAACACUACCCUGAGGUUAAAAUCAAAGGCAUGACAGCGGCUCCCAGACUGGUGCUGUUCACCUCAGAACAUAGUCACUACUCUAUAAAGAAGGCCAGUGCAGUGCUGGGUUUCGGCACAGAGAAUCUGAUCUUGCUGAGGACAGAUGAGAGAGGUAGAGUGAUUCCGGCUGAUCUGGAGAACAAAGUCAUUGAUGCCAAACAGAAGGGGUUUGUGCCAAUGUUUGUGAACGCUACAGCUGGAUCUACAGUGUACGGAGCCUUUGAUCCAAUCAAUGAGAUCGCUGACAUCUGUGAGAAAUACAGCAUGUGGCUUCAUGUGGAUGGAGCGUGGGGUGGAGGUUUGCUGAUGUCUAGAAAACAUAGACACAAACUGAAUGGCAUUGAGAGAGCAAACUCUGUCACAUGGAACCCACACAAGAUGAUGGGUGUUCCACUGCAGUGCUCUGCCAUUCUGGUCCGAGAGAAGGGUCUUCUGCAGGGCUGCAACUCCAUGUGUGCUGGUUAUCUCUUUCAGCCGGAUAAGCAGUAUGAUGUCACCUAUGACACAGGGGACAAAGCCAUACAGUGUGGCCGCCAUGUAGACAUCUUCAAAUUCUGGCUUAUGUGGAAGUCAAAAGGCACUAUAGGCUUUGAGAAGCACAUUGACAGAUGUCUGGAGCUGUCUGAGUAUCUCUACCACAAGAUAAAGAACCGAGAAGGAUAUGAGAUGGUGUUUGAAGGGAAGCCCCAACACACUAAUGUGUGUUUCUGGUACAUUCCUCCAAGCCUGAGGCUUCUGCCAGAUGGAGAGGAGAAAAGACAAAGGCUUCAUAGGGUUGCCCCCAAGAUCAAGGCAAUGAUGAUGGAGUGUGGGACAACAAUGGUGGGCUAUCAGCCUCAAGGUGAUAAGGUCAACUUCUUCAGAAUGGUUAUCUCUAAUCCGGCUGUAACCAGGUCUGACAUUGACUUCCUGAUCGACGAGAUAGAAAGACUGGGACAGGAUUUAUAGAGCACACAGUUUGGAAAUUCAGUAGAUGUUAGUACAUUCGGUACGAGUAUUGGAAAUGGAGAAGACAUUUUGAAGUAUUAUAUCAGCUGGACAUUCCGGAGUAUUAAACCGUUGAGGUGCGCUAGAAUAACAAACCUCUCAGAUGUUCUAGAAUGUUCCAAACUGGAUGUGCAGAAUGCAGAGGUGGUGAGCUCUUCAAGCUAUGAUUUCAUAAUGAAGGAUCAGAUUACCUCCUAUAACAUUAUAUGUCCUCUCCUCUUCCCUUCUCCAUGUUCUCAUGUCUAUUGUGUUCUGUCUUUGGUGACACCAACAAUAAGGUUCAAUUUCUUAACAUUGGUUAACUACAUUCAUUAACAUGAAAUGACAUUGAAAAAUAUUAAAAGCAAUUAUUAAUCUUAGUUAAUGUUAGUUUAAAGAAAUUGCUAACAAGUUAUAAAAAACAAAAGUGUUUUAUCUAAUAUUAUUUAAUGGACCUGAGCUAACAUUAACAAAGAACAAUAAAUACUGUAAUGAAUUACUGCAGUUGAACGCUUGAUUCUGAUUUGGUUAACAAACAUUUAGUGAACAUUUCCUUUAAAAUCCAGAACUGGUCUGAAUUCUCAAUAAAAAUAAGAGCUUAAGAAUAUACAGUACCAGCAUCUAAUAGCCACCAUCCGUGUGAUUGCACAAAUCCCUAAUUUUUUAGCUGUUAUGUGAUGAAGAUUAAUUGAAGCGUGUACCAUUGUACCAAGUGACGCUGUGUUUCUAGAAUUUAUGACUCUUUGUGUCAAUUGUGAUUGUUUGUGACAAACACGUAUCACAUAGUUUUACAGUAAGAAAUGUUUGAAUAGUGGUAAAGAUUAAAUAGGGAUAUUUGAGAUAUGAUUUAUAUCACAAGAAUAAUUGGGUGACAGAGAUUAUUCCUGUACACUCCAAGAAUUUUCAAUUGUAUUUUGAGAGCCACUAUUUAUCUAUAAUGUUCAAAACAGUGCAUUAGAGAUUUUAAUUCCUUUAUUAACCAAAGACAUGGAAGAAAAUCACAUUUCACAUUUGUAACACUCUGCAACAUUAUAUGGCCAGAAGUAUGUGAACAUCUCAUUCUAAUCAAUGGGUUUUGUUAUUUUGGUUACUCCAGUGAACACAAUUUCAAUGCUACACCAUAAUGUUCAUCUAGAGAAAUGGUGGUGCCCAAAACAGGUUCGGAUAUGGUUUACUAAGUCUGGUGGGGAAGACCUUGACUGUCCUGCACAAAGCCCAGACGUGAACCCCACUAAACUUCUUUGCCAGACCCUCUCACCCAACAUCAGUGCCUUUGGCUAACUUAAACUAACCAUAGUGCAAUGAAUGCUGUAGUUGAGAUUUAGUCACUGGUAUUCACAAUGAAUUAAUAUAAAAAAAGGAAAAGAAAAAAAAAGUGUUAUGAGAAAAGCACAGCGACGUCACAGCGAUGAUCCUCCAGAGAGGGAAAUGUAUUUUAUUAGAAGCUAUAUUUGUUGUAUUAGUAAUUAUGUUUAAUUUCUUCAGUAGACCAAACACAGCAAACUAUGCUAAACCAACAAACUAUGCUAAUAUUUUGUGUCCGCUAUGCUCACUUCAGUCUGCACAGUAGAUGUAAAGCUAAUGAUAUCUAGAUUAAAGGGCCUGAGUGUUAAAUGAUGUGCAUUUUAACUGGCUUGCAGUAUGUGCAAUAUUGCUGUUCACUGUCACCAGUACAAAUAAACACUCAGCGUGAAAAAACUAUUGAUUUAUUUUGUGUGUAUUCAUAAAAGAAGGGAA